AUGCUCGAACAUAACUCCAAGUUGUUUUGUAAAUCACUUUCGCAGCUUUCAGCUGUAGCGUCGAAGGUUGUGGCUGAGGAUGUUGAAGGUGAACAUUUCAAGCAGCUCUUGGCGAAAUGUAUAGACACGUUGUCAAUAUACAAGAGCGAGCUGCGAAAACUUUCAUGUGCUUCCAAGGACACACCACCAUCGCAGAUAUAUCAGUUGAAUGAGACAUUGUACGUUUACUAUAAGAUUGUGUCACAGAUCGCAUCUCAGGUUAUUCCGGGGUUGGCCGAGUUUCAACAGAUCAAGAUGAAUAGUAAGAAGGAUUCAAAAGAUAAAGAAUUGCUGGAAAUUUAUAGUAGAUUGGUUUCUGCACUAGCGAAUGAUAAACAGAUAGGGGAAGUGAAGAGGUUUAUCAAAAAUCACAGUGAGGAAGCUGCUCAUGACGGUACUCAACACUCUUAUGAGAAUGGGGAAUUUGUGUCAAUUUCGCAGUUGCAUUCACUAAUACGGCAUGAUAACGACUCAUCUGGCAUUUUACUCGUUGAUAUUAGACCAAGGAUGGAUUUUAACGAUGGUCAUAUAAAGCAUAACAACGUUAUUUGCAUCGAACCGAUCUCGUUCAAAGAAUCAUACACGGAUUCUGAUAUCUUGCGUAAGUCAUUAAUCACUGCAUCGGAUAGAGAAGUUGAUCUUUUCAAGAAUCGUGAUAAGUUUCGACUUAUUGUGCUUUACACAGACACUGAUGAGCAUACGAAAUAUUACUGGCAACAGUUAGAAGUUUUACAAGACAUUCUUUGCAAUAGAUCAUUUGAUAAACCUUUACAUCAUACUAAGGUAAUAGUUUUGCAAAAUGGCGUAAACGCUUGGAAGGAGAAGUACCCCAUGGAGUUGAAAAAAAUAAUGGAAUCGGCAAUAUCUGAUAUUCGUACGAAGCCCGUGGAACACAAUUUUCACCCUAUGGCAUUAUCAAACAAUAAUAAUAUUGAAAAAGCCAAUUCACCGAGUCACUCUCAAACUACAAGUUUCACACAUUAUCCUGAUGCUCCAUUCCUUACUAAUGGAGCUAGUAUUAAAACUGCUGGAUUGGUGCCUAAUCAGUUGUUGCCAUCUACCAGUAAUUUAACGAAAGCGUUACAGCAGAACGAUGAAGGAAAUUCUGAACCUUACAAACUUCAACCAAAUGGAAUCAAAAACCACAGACAGGAAAGUAAUAAUCAUGCGAACGGUACAAAUUGCAUUGUGAGUUCAAACGGGAAUAACUCUGUUGCUAAAUCUGGUCAUCCUAGUAUCAAUCUGGAUUUCGCGAUUGGUUUAGUGAAUUUAGGAAAUUCAUGCUAUUUGAACUGCAUAAUUCAAUGUCUUCUCGGUUGUCAUGAGCUAUCAUACAUAUUUCUGACCAAUUCAUAUAGGAAACAUGUCAAUGUGAACAGUCGAUUAGGUUCCAAGGGUUUAUUAGCGAAUUAUUUUUCACAACUAGUACAGAAGAUGUAUCAACAGGGGAAACUACAGGCUUAUAACAAUACUAAUAUGGAGUCAACGGCUGUGCAUCCAACUCAAUUCAAAUUGGCGUGUGGCUCGAUAAAUUCACUGUUUAAAGGCAAGCAGCAGCAGGACUGUCAAGAAUUUUGCCAAUUUCUCUUAGAUGGUUUACAUGAAGAUUUGAACCAAUGUGGUACCAAUCCUCCUCUUAAGGAAUUAAGUCCAGAAGCUGAGAAAAUGAGAGAAACCAUGCCGAUGAGAAUUGCUUCAGCCAUCGAAUGGGAGAGAUAUUUGACGACAGAUUUCAGUGUCAUCGUGGAUUUGUUCCAAGGCCAAUAUGCAUCGCAGCUCAGAUGUAAAAUUUGUGCACAUACGUCCACAACUUAUCAAGCAUUCUCUGUUCUUUCAGUACCAGUUCCCAGAGCAAGAUCUUGCACAAUUUACGACUGUUUCAAAGAGUUUACCAAGCUAGAAACUUUGGAAAAAGACGAAUUGUGGUAUUGUCCUUAUUGUAAACAGAGACAACCAUCAACCAAACAAAUCAUCAUCACACGUUUGCCUAAUAAUUUAAUCAUUCACUUAAAAAGAUUUGAUAAUAUGAUGAAUAAAAACAACGUUUUUGUCAAUUAUCCAAAUGAACUAGACUUAACUGGCUUUUGGAUCGACGAUUACAAUGGAGAAAUGCCAAAGGAUAACGGGGUUUCGUUGCCAUUGCGUGGUCAAAAGCCACCCUUCAACUAUAGACUCUUUGCUGUGGCGUCACAUUCUGGCACGCUCUAUGGUGGCCAUUACACCUCCUUUGUGGACAAAGGCAGAGUUGGUUGGUGUUCUUUUGAUGAUGUCAGUUGGAGAAAAAUUAGAAGGAAGGACGAAUAUAUCACACCUAAUGCAUAUGUGCUGUUUUACCGUAGAGUUAACAUGUAA